UACAAGCAGAAAGGACUACACACAGACACAGACCAGAGAAAUCAUGAAGUCGCCAGUGCUAAGUCACUGUUUGAUUUCUAUAUUGGUGAUGGCAUCUUCAAGUUUGGCCUUGCACAGAAUCUCCCUGAGGAAGAUGCCAUCUAUCAGGGAGACACUACAGGAGAUGGGUGUUUCAGUGGAGCAAGUGAUGAGUGAGCUGGUCCAGACAGCCACAGAUGUCACCAGCAAUGGGACUGUUCCCACUCCUCUCACCAACUACCUGGAUACGCAGUACUUUGGAGAGAUCAGCAUAGGCUCGCCAGCACAGAAGUUCAACGUGGUUUUUGACACAGGUUCUGCCAACUUGUGGGUGCCGUCCCAGAGUUGCUCGCCCUUUUCCACUGCCUGCUUUACACAUAACAGGUAUGAUGCAUCAAUAUCUCAAACUUAUGUGGAGAAUGGCACAGGGUUUUCCAUCCAGUACGCCUCAGGAAAUGUCCGGGGAUUUCUCAGUGAAGACGUGGUUGUGGUUGGGGGGAUUCCUGUAGUCCAAGUGUUCGCUGAAGCCACUUCUCUAUCAGCAAUGCCCUUCAUAUUUGCUAAGUUUGAUGGAGUCCUGGGGAUGGGAUAUCCCACUGUGGCCAUUGAUGGAAUAAUUCCUGUCUUCGACCGCAUUAUGUCUCAACACAUCCUAAAAGAAGAGGUGUUCUCCAUCUAUUACAGCAGGGACCCUAAGCACUUGCCUGGAGGAGAACUGGUGCUUGGAGGAACUGACCCAAACUACUAUACAGGAACUUUCAACUAUGUGGAUACGAAGGAAACAGGGAAAUGGGAUGUCAUCAUGAAGGGCGUGUCUAUUGGUUCGGAGAUGAUGUUUUGUGCAGAGGGCUGCACAGCUGUCAUAGAUACUGGUUCUUCCUACAUCACAGGGCCAGCCUCCUCUGUGACUCUGCUGAUGAAAACCAUUGGGGCUCAGCAGGACGAAAGUGGGUACAAAGUGGAUUGUGACACUGUGCUCGGUCUGCCCAGCGUGACUUUCCAUUUGGGAGGAGAGGAAUACUCCCUGACACAUGAAGACUACAUUUUAUGGCAGUCCCAGAUGGAGGGUGACGUCUGCACUGUCACCUUCAGGGGCUUGGAUGUACCGCCCCCUACUGGCCCCAUCUGGAUCCUGGGAGCCAACUUCAUUGCGCGCUACUACACAGAGUUUGACCGCCGCAAUAACCGGAUAGGGUUUGCUACAGCUGUGUGAUGCUUUUCUCUUAUAUUUGCAUAAGAGCAGUAGUUCACAAACUUUAUACUCCAUGUAAGCUUAACACACAAGAGACAAUUGACAUUCCUAACAUCAUCAAGUGGUUCAGAUCAAUGAAUAAAAUGAUUAUGACAUGUAAAAUUCAA